AUGCUCAAGAUUUGUACAGACGGUACCUCGGACGAGCACGCCAACUCUUCGGUCGGCAAUCCAUCGUCGUUGCCGCCGUCGGGUCCUGGACAGAGCCAGCUUCAGCUUCUUACUCUUACAAGACGAACCUUGAAGAUUUCGGUCGGCAUACACGACAAUCAAGCGGGGAGCAGCAUGGAGAGAGGACCUGGGCCCUUUCCCUGCCGAGUGUGCGGCACAGAGCUUGCCAACGCCGACGACUGGCGACGGCACGCAAAAAGCGAGUGGCAUGUGGCAGCUCCUGGAACCAUCGUUCCGCCUCCAGGAGAGGCCGCCGUCGACGCGGAUGCGGUUGCCGAUGGUGAUGCGUCUGGCGAUGGCGGCGACCGAGCAGACGACGAGGACGGGGAGCAAGACGACGGGCAUUCGUCCUCGUACGGCAGCGAGGAGGAGGAGGAGGAGGAGGAGGAGGAGCCGCGGGUGACAUUUGUGCCGAACCGGUGCUUGUUCUGCCGCUCGUCGAGCGGCACCCUCGAGGACAACGUGGCCCACAUGAGGGCUGCUCACAGCUUCAUCGUUCCCUACCAGGACUGCUUGAUCGUCGACCUCGAGACGCUUGUUUGGUACCUCAACCUCGUCAUCUACGGCUAUCGCGAGUGCAUCCUUUGCGCAACUCGCCGCGGCACUGUCGAAGCCGUCCAGCAGCACAUGAUAGCCAAGGGUCAUUGUCGGUUUGACCUUUCGCCCGACAUGCAAGACUUUUUCCACCUUCCUGCCUCCCAACACCGUGACCCAUCCGAGAGGAUGCGUCUCGGGGACUGUUCCUCGCGUCUUUCGUCAAGGAGACCUCGGAGCCGUCGGUCCCACGAGAACACGCCGACGACGGCCACGACCAGCGUGUCACGGACGGCAUCCCAGCAAGCACCCAAGAUGGAUGCUUCGGUAGAGAGUCGCCCUCUCGCCGCAACGUCUCACCUGAUCGCGCGAGACGACCGAGGCUCGGCCGCCCUUCUUGCUCGUCUCUCCCAGCUGAGCUCGAGAGACCGGAGCAGCAUAUCGCACUUGCCAACCUACGAGCUGCGCUCCGUUCUAGCGACGAGAAAGAAGCAGUUGGACAAGGCGCAACGAGAAGCUUUGCGGGCGAGGAGCAAGGUGGAAAGGCUAGGGAAUAGGGCGCUGAUGAAACACUUCAAGCCUGACAACCCUGGUCGGCUGAACGGCUGA